CCCUGGACCAUCAAUCCACCGGGGCAUCGUACCUGAUGGCAGCGUCGUACUCGACCUUUCACAACGAGGAUGACGACGGUGGCAGGGAACCCCGUGACCAAGCGGGCCCCAGCUCUGCGCGCCCACACACCCAGACCGAGGAGACGCUGAACCAGUGGCUCUCCUCGCCCCUCGUUGCUGCGCCUCGCUCACGCUCACUACCUCGCAAUGGCCAGGCUGAACACCCGUCCAGCCACCUCUGGUCUCAUCUCCGUACCAGCGUCAAUGCUACCUCUGCUCUCCGCUCAGCCAAGACCGACCGCGAGGCACGCAGACGCAACCGCCGUGCUGCCGCCGAGAGCGAUGCCAGUGCGGGGUGGGUGGACAGUGAGGGGCUGGGCGACUUUCUGCCGGGCAGUGGCAGGAGGAGAGCACGGAACAGCAGGAGAGAGAGCACAAACGCCGAGUCUGAUGCGGCAAAAAAGGCAGAGGAAGGACCGAUGAGAUCGUGGACCCCACUGGCUCACUAUUGGCAGGGUCAGCCUGCAGGGAAGGCACGCAGGUCGGUGUACGGCACGCCAGGGGAAAGCCAGUCAGUCGCAGCUGGCGAGAGCGGCAUCCAUGCUGCGGGGUCCUCCAUCAGUCAGACCGUCAAUAUGUCUGCACCAGUGGUGAUGGAAGAGCCGGAAAGCCUGAUAGAUGGCAAUCCUGCUCAUAUACCUCGCGGGGAGAAUCCACUGGCCUACACCGACACAAAGGACCUGCUGGACAGCGAGAGUGAUAGUGAUAGCGACUCAGAAGACGAAGAGAAAGAAACGGAGGGUCAGCCUGCAGGUCCCAGGAUACACCUUCUUGGCGGUAAUCGGACUGGCUCAGCGACGGCAGGCUCAGCGACGUUGAGUCGCUUAUGGUCAUCUACCUACUCGAAGCUCUCGCAUCCCUCGCCCCUCACAAAAGGCGUUACCAAGUGCGUCGUUGCAUACUUCCUAGCCUCCCUCUUCACAUACUCGCCACAAAUAUCGACCUUUAUGGCGCACCUCCUCCCCAGCCACGACCACGACGACCUCGUUCCUUUUGGCAAUCUCCACAUGAUCGCCACGGUCGCCGUAUACUUCCACCCAGCACGUACAUUCGGUAGCAUGAUCGAGGCAGACAUCUUUGCAAUGGGUGCUUUCCUCUUCUCCAUGAGCCUUACCUUUGUCAGCAUGCUCGCGGCAGUCAAACUUCAUGACCUCGGUCAUCCACACCUCAGCAAUCUCAUCUCUGUCUUUGUCUUUCUUGCGGGAGGCAUGGCAUUGGUAGGAUAUGCCAAAGUCAAGAUGGGCAAGCCGACCUUCAAUACGGCCUGCUCGCUGAUCUACGUCUCGACGUUCACCGUCGUGGUCAAGGAGGGCGCAGUGCACUUGGGCGAAUUUGAGACGGACAAGGUCUGGCAGGUGACACUAGUCAUCUUUGCCGGCACACUCGUUGCGAAUCUCGUCUGCUUUACCGUCUGGCCGCAGAGUGCAACGACCAAUCUGCACAACGACGUCUCGCGGGUACUGGAUGCUUAUUCCACCCUGCUGAGGAUCCUGACACGGACCUUCCUUCUGGAAGACCAUGCCAACAUCCACAUCCGCUCCUCCAGAGUACGGGCAGCCAUCGCCGCGCAUCACUCAGCAUACACUUCGAUGCAAAAGAAUCUGGGUGAAGCGAGGUACGAAGCCCCCUUUGAUCCACGGAUAAGGGGUCGUGUGAAGUUGAUGCAAGAAGCCGUCGACAGUCUGAAUCGCCUUGGCGGGCAUCUUCAGGGCCUGAGGAGCAGUUGUGCCACUCAACACGAGACACUGGAGAAGAAUCAGCGAGAGGAAGACUCGAGUGACGCGAGUCCCUCUUUCAAGCCCUUUCUCAACGCCAUUGGGCCUCAUAUGCGCAGCUUGGUAUUCACUUGCUCGCAGUCUUUGCAGGCACUGGAGGGCGCUACGAGGAAAGAUGCCACACUCGAAGCCUUUGAGGAGCUAGAAGCGGACCUCAUUGCCGCCGUGCGUCGCUUUCGGCACGAGCAGGUGGCAGCUCUGAAGACAAUGUCAACCAUCGAGCCAACGAGUGACGAUGCUUCUCCGCUAGCAUCGAUGAUCGACUCCGCCAGGAAUGGGCCCACGGAGAAUGACGAGUCCAUCGUGGUCGUCUUCUUCUUCGUCUUCAAUCUCGAAGAGCUGGCUCAGGAAUUGACGGGACUGGUCAAGAUCAUGCGGCUGCUCUCUGAAAGGGCCAAAGAGAUUCGAGCGCAGACCUGGACUCAGUGGCUGACAGGUCUAUUCGCAUUCGAUCGACUUAGACGUGCAAUGCGACUGCCGUUCCGGGAAACCCAUAAACCUGUCCCUGCACCAGUCACUUUUCCAGCGAACCAGAGACACACACCCUCCACGGCUCACACGCCCGUAGCAAGAGAUCGAGCGCAACGCCUCUCCUACAAGCUCUGGUCCUUCGGGGAAUUCUUCAAACAGCGAGACGUGAAAUUUGCCAUCAAGACGGGAUUUGGAUGUGCAAUCUUGGCCGCUCCGGCCUUCAUGGCAGAGACGAGGCCGACUUUUGUGGAGUACAAGGGACAGUGGGCCCUCGUGUCCUUCAUGGUCGUGCUGAGUCCGACGGUGGGGCAGAGCAACCAGAUGAGCCUGCACAGAAUCAUUGGCACCAUAUUCGGAGCCGUGGUGGCGGCAGCCGGCUACUGGCUGUUCGAGGACAACAAUGUCGUACUACCAUUUUUUGGAGCCAUCUUCUCUAUCCCUUGCUUCCAGUACAUUGUCGGCAAGCCUCACCUGGCAUCGAGCGGUCGCUUCGUCCUCUUGACCUUCAAUCUGACUUGUCUCUACUCGUACAAUCUCCGCAAGACCAACGUCGAGGUAGAGUCAGUCGCCUUCGAGAGGACCGUCGCGGUCAUCAUUGGUGUAGUGUGGGCUACGAUUUUGAACCACUUACUGUGGCCGAAUGAAGCCAGGCGGGAGCUUGCCAAUGGCCUGUCCGAUCUUCUUUUCAAGCUCUCCUGGUUGUACCAAUGCCUGGUCAUCGCGUACUCCUCCGAGGACCCUCACCUGCAAGAAAGAGGUCGCUCAGUAUCGCGUCGCCCCACAGCUCCCUCCCAGUUGGAAUCCCAGCCCCUCCUGGAGGAGUACUCCCCUACCAUCUUCUUCUCGACAGCCCACGACUCUUCUUUCCCCACUCCCCUCUUUCAGUCCCUGGAGCUCCACAUCCAGUUUCAGCUCGUCCGUCUCGAGUCUCUCCUGGCCCAAACUCGACACGAGCCCCGUCUAAAGGGUCCUUUUCCGAUACGGCAAUACCGCGAGUACCUGACGGCUUGUACGGACGUGUUGGAUAAGCUGCAUAGUAUGCGAUGUAUAAUCAGUCGGGAGGAAUGGAGGAGGGUGAGACAAGGUUGGAUCGUGCCUUGUAAUGUGGAGAGGAGGGAGAUGGUAGGAAAUGUACUGCUCUUCUUCCAUCUCCUCGCAACCUCCUCAACCCUCAAGACUCCUCUCCCUCCUUAUCUUCCCCCAGCCGAGCGCUCCCGUCAGGCUCUCCUAGGAAAAGUGCGCAACUUACCCCUGCGCAUCGCUAGGAGAGGUCCUCUAUCGACAUCGACUACCACUACGGACACGAUUCUUUUACAUUCCUACCUCUUGGCCAUGCACGACCUCGUUGCCAAUUUGGAAAAAUUGGGCGUCUUGAGUUGGGAAAUGUUUGGUGUGCUUGGU